ACAGAUUUUCAACUAAUGAGGCAACUAAUUUAGCAUAUAUAACGUCCCUGCACAAAAUAUCCUGCUUCACCAUGAAAUCUUACACGCGUGUCGUCGUCUGCUUGGUGAUGAUGGCUGCUACGACUCCAUCAAACAUCGAAGCAGUGGAACAGUGUUGUAAAAUUGUUGAUGACUGUCAAAUUCCACUCACAUGCGAAUCAUCAACGAACAUCAAUGGAACUUCGUUCCAGAAUCCUGGGUAUCCUUUGGUCACAACAACUCCUCAGUAUUCCUGCAGACACAAAGUUUAUCCUGUGAACAGCAAUAUCUGCCAGAUUCGCCUGGACUUGACAGAAUUUCUGUUGGCCCAGCCUGAUAUAGAUGGAGUAUGUGUCAAGGACUUCAUGCUUGUGACAGGGGGAGCGACGAACAUACCUCAAAUUUGUGGACUAAAUUCGGAACAGCAUCUGUAUCUUGAAGUCACACCGGAUUUUGGGAGCGUGACGAUCAACGUUGAUACAUCAGCAGCGGGAGCGAAGUGGAGCAUCGCCGUCUCACAAAUAGAGUGUAACUCCCCGUAUCGAGCUCCGGCAGGUUGCCUUCAAUACUUCACUAACACAUAUGGAACCAUCAAAAGCUUCAACUACGACGCCACGACAUUCCGCUUCGGAACAGCACCAUUGGAUACUACGCAGCUGGCAAACCAAGAGUACGGCGUCUGCAUCAAGUCGCAUUUGGGCUACUGCAGCGUCGUCUAUACGAAAUCAACUGAGUACUUCUACUCGCUCUUCUAUGACUACUCCUUUUCACUAACUGGUGACCCAAGCAUUGUUCUCCCAGGAACUAUCCUUCCAGCGGUUGGCAGUGCAGACUGCACCACAGAUUAUGUGAUGAUACCUAAGGGUGUAAUUCACGACCCAAACUACGCAGUCACCACCGCUGAUCGCUACUGCGGCGCAAACUUCCCGAGUAAAGUUGAAACCUCCGUUCAGCCGUUCGUGCUCUACGUGGUCACUGACGGGCUAGAGGCCAGCUAUGUAAAUGAGACAUACAGAGAUGGCCCCAACGUGGGCUUUUCCAUCGACUACAGAAUGCUGCCUUGUUAAAUAAAGUUCCGUAAUUGUUGAUGUUUUGUUGUUUUCAGGAUUUCCCGAGUAGAUUGACAAUUGAGCAGUGAAGUUCAUUUUUCAUUUUGAAAGCCGUCACCCUCUAUAGAAGUGUUAAGUUAUGGAAUUCAUUAUGCCCAUUAACAUUAGGGCAUUCAAAUAUGAAAUCAGUAACUAGUUCAGGCUUCUUCUAGUUUGAAAUUGAGUAUAAAGUUGUUACUC